GCUCCAGCUCCAUCCAGUACCAUACCGGGAUCGGCUCACAAGGUCCCAAGGCUAGCUACCCUUCUUCCAAGGCAAGGCCAGGCCACUUUUUUAAAGACAUCCUACGGGACCCCCUCGAAGCAGACGCUCCCUCCUCCCCGCUGCGUCUGGCUUGAAGCUCUCCCAAGAAUACAAUCGUUAGUUCUGCUCCGCCUACAUCGCGACAGCUCAAGCUUGGCUCUCAAGCUCCCACUGCGAAAAUCUCGACUCAAUUGACCUGACAGCCCGACUCGACGGCAGUCUCGGAUCUCGCCCUCGACAAAAACCCUGACCCGCACCCCAUCACUCGUUUCAGUUGGCCGGGGAAGAACGGGGUCACCCAGCGAAACAUUCCUCAGAACCUCGUGGACCGUGGGGCAACACGACAGCACAAAGACAUUCCCAAGGUUGUCCAGACCAGGAGGAACGAGCAAGGCACUCUGCGCCAGAGCUCUGGACCGGAUCCCCUCCCCCGCCAUCGGUUGACCCUGACGACUGAGCUUAAUUGCAAAUCUUCGCUACCAUCCCAAUCACCUUCGCUAUCACUGCUUCUGCUCCUGUUCCUGCUCGCUCGGCACGUCAGCUCUGCGCGACAGUCACACUCGCUUCGGAACCUGCUCGAACACACUACCUCAUGCUCUAGACAACAUGCGGUACUCUAUAGUCGCUUCGGCGCUGCUAGGCGCUGGAGCUGCCCUCGCACCCGUUGACACAGGUCUCACCUGUCAAUUACCUCCAAACGAAUUGCUCGUAGGAUCUGAACAAUGCCAAGGUGGUCUGCUUGACGCGAAGACUGUUCUAGCCUGCCAUACGGGCUGGGACGCCUCGCGCGGUGGGCUCCUGUCGCUGUCCAAGGAUGCCACUGCUUGUAUCUUGACCGGGUUCGAAGCUCUCCAGGUCCAUGACCUCCACGUCCGCUCCCGGUUUGUACCCAGCCCCAGAUGGAUGCUUGCGCGCGAAGGUCCAUGUCUGGUCAUUCGUCUGAAGUCGAUGCGGAUUACCUAG